AUGGAAAUGGAUCAUUAACUGCCUUACCAGUUAUUUGAAACAUAAGCUGGUGAUGUCUCAGCCUAUAUUCCAACCAACGUUAUUUCUAUUACCGACGGAUAAAUUUUCUUGGAAACAGAAUUGUUCUUCAAGGGUAUUAGACCAGCUAUCAAUGUCGGUUUGUCAGUGUCAAGAGUCGGAUCAGCUGCUUAAAUUAAAGCUAUGAAGACAGUCGCUGGUAGACUUAAGUUAGAAUUGGCUUAAUACAGAGAAGUCGCUGCAUUUGCCCAAUUUGGUUCAGAUUUGGAUGCUGCCACAUAAUAAUUAUUAAACAGAGGUGCCUAAUUAACCGAAAUUGCUUAAAUAAAAAUAAUACGUCCCAAUGUGUGCUGAAGAAUAAGUUUGUGUUAUUUAUGCUGGUGUCAGAGGAUUUUUGGAUAAAGUAUAAACUUCAGAAAUCGCUAAAUUCGAAGAGAAAUUCCUCACUCAUCUCAGAACAAAUUACCCAGCU